AUGGCCAAACAAUCAGCGAAAAAGAAGAAGGCUCCAGCGCCAAAGAAGCCAGCAGCCAAGGCAGACAAUGAAGUCUCCUCAUACAAGCAGAAUCCAUAUAUCCAUACGCCAUUGUAUGAUCUUUUGCAUGUUUUCGAGAGAGCACCAGACCAGUGGGCAGCGAGGUACAUUCUCAUCUUGAGUGCUAUAAUCUUAAGAGGAGCAGUGGGCCUUGGGCCUUGGUCUGGGAAGGGUGAGAAGCCAAUCAAUGGUGACUUUGAAGCUCAGAGACAUUGGAUGGAAAUCACCACCCACUUGCCAAUUAACCAGUGGUACUUCUACGACUUGCAGUACUGGGGUCUUGACUAUCCUCCUAUCACAGCUUACCAUCUGUGGCUAUGUGGAGUAAUUGGCAAUGUCAUUGAUAGCAGAUGGUUUGAACUAGAUGCAUCUAGAGGUAUCGAAACCUCCGCUAUAAAGACUUUCAUGAGGUAUACCAGUUUGAUAAGUGAAUUGGUUGUGCUCUUCCCUGCCAUUCUCCAAUUGGUCUCUCUUCUUGGAGGUAAGAAGCUUAAGCUUGGAAGAAUGCAUCAAAUUGUCGUCAUUGCUAUGAUAAUUUACCAACCUCCAUUGAUUUUGAUUGACCACGGCCACUUUCAGUUUAACUCGGUAAUGCUUGGUUUCUUCCUAUACUCCGUUUCCGAGUUGAUCAAGGAUAACUUGUUGAUGGCUUCCGUUUGGUUUGUGGCAUCUAUUUUGUUCAAGCAGAUGUCUCUCUACUACAGUCCAUACAUCUUCUUCUACAUCUUGUCAAAGUUGUUCACCCCAAAGCCAAAGCUUGCACAGACAAUUGCAUCGUUCGAUUUUGCUAAGUUCAUAGCCGUUGGCGCUACGGUUGUAGCUUCGAUUGCGGCAGUUCUUAUCCCCUUCUUCAUUGCAGCUCAAGAUGCAGCUGAAGUUGAGAAGAUGGUGAGGCAGAUUGUCCUCCGCAUGUUUCCAUUCGAACGUGGGCUUUUCGAAGAUAAGGUUGCCAACUUCUGGUGCGUAACAAACGUUAUUUUCAAGUACAGAGAGCAUUUUACUCCUGAACAACUCAAAAUUCUCUCUCUUGGGUUGACAAUUGUCUCAAUACUCCCACCAUGUUUGAUCACUUUCUGGAAAAAUAUCACUCGCAAAACCAAUAAUCCCUUGAUGUUGAUCUAUGGGUUCAGCGCUACUGCUUGGGGCUUUUACCUCUUCUCAUUUCAGGUUCACGAAAAGACCGUUUUGGUGCCAUUGAUCCCAUCUACCUUCUUGUUACUUCUGACUGAUCCUAAUAUUGUUGGAAUCAUUCAAUGGAUAAACAACAUUGGUAGCUUCAGCUUAUUUCCACUUUUGAAGAAGGAUGGCUUAGUUUUGCAGUAUGCCACGCUUACUCUUCUCAUGAACUGGUUCGUGGGAGGUUUCAGUCUUCCAAGCAAAAGCUUAUUGUGGCCAACACAGCUGCCAUUGAUCGUGAAGUUUGUUAUCAUCGGAACUUAUGCUGCUACUCUCUUCUAUCAUGUUGUUGAGUAUUUCUUCGAGCCUCCUGCCAGCCUUCCUGAUUUGUGGGUUAUUCUCAAUUGUGUCAUUUCAUUUGGGAGUUUCUCGUUUUUCUACUUAUGGUUGAUCUAUCAUUUGGUGAAGCUCUAA